GUGCCUCAAAGUGUAAUUUACGAGUCGAAAAAUGGGUUCAGGUAGAGCAAAUCUGGACUUACCCCUCAUAAUGAAGAUUCUGGCUUUGGUGUUUUGUGCGGUUGCCGUUGGUCUCAAUGUGGCUGAGCUGAGCGGUUCCAGAUCAAACCGAAGCCAACUGGUAUCGAACUCAGUGAUUUAUUCAUCUGGUGCAUAUCUGAUCAUUUUGCUCUACUUCUUCAUAUGGUCAAUCGCCAAGGCUGAAGUAGACCAGAAACUUACGGCCAUAGUUUUAAUUUGCGGCUUUCUAUGGACGGUUGGAGCUGGCAUAGGAGUGAUUCUGUUCAAAAGCGACUAUUCGGCAAUGUUAAGCACCAAUCAACUAGUGGGAGGCAUUUUGGUUUUAGCUGCCGGAUGUGUAAUGCUCGCUGAUGGACUGCAUAAUUUAGGAUGCUUCUAAUUAUCAGUUUUUAAAUAUUAUAAUAAAAAAAAUUAAAAAAUAUAGUCAGUCCCUACUA